AUGAUGCGUCGCUCUGACUCCAUUUCCAGCAUCAGCUCGAUGGGCUCUGACGCCGACGAGACGAUGCGCAUCUUCGUCAAGACUGUGUCUGGCGAUGCUACAAUUCCCCUUUCGAUACCCGCCAACACCUCCAUCUCGACCCUUCGCAGCAUCCUCGCACUGCGCACCAACCUGCCCGAGCCCGCAGAUCUGCGCCUCGUGUACGCCGGGAAGCACCUCUCCUCGGCAUCCACAACGCUCGGCGAGUACGCAAUCGCGCCGAAUGCAACGCUGCACAUGGCACUGCCCCUGCGCGGUGGCAUGCCGCCCAAGAAGAUCCGCUGCAGCCACAAGGAAUGCAAGGACGCGGCGCAGCGCAUCGUCGGCGACUGCGGGUUCUGCAACGGGCAUUUCUGCGGCAAGCACCGCCUCCUGGAGGAUCACAAGUGCGAGGGCCUCGAGGACUGCAAGAAGGAGAGCCACGAGCGGAACGCAAAUAAGCUGAACAGCGAGCGCACCAUGGCUAUCAAGGGCAUCUGA